AGCAGACGACAGGUGCACGAGGCAUGACCUGGUCCUCAGACCAGCAGAGAGGAAGGCAAGAGGAGUUUGAACCAUGAAAACAAAGCUGUUUUAACCAUGGAGGCUGAAGUUGCUUCAAAAAAGUGGAUAUUCACUGACAGGGUGAGUUUUUCAUGCAAAAAUGAGGAAAAAGUUGCAGUAUGAGGAAACAAUUUGACGUGAGUAUCACUUAUGGUCUGUUGCUGUUGCUGCUGCUGCUACCAGGCAACCACUUCAAACUCCAAACACAUGAAUGGUACACACAAAGCCUAUACUGCCACACAUUACUUCCUGGUAAAGUGAUAAAUAACUUAUUGCUACUUUAUCUGAACCACAACUUUUUUUUAAAGUGAUUCACUGAAAAGCAAAUUUGCAGACUUUAAUGGUACUUUGCUGCAACAAGAGCUGUUUUUGAUGAUGCCAGUGUUGUAGUUACCUGACUUUUUCUUUCUUCAUAACCAGGACAGCAAGUGGAGGAUGCAGAGAUAUUUCAGAGGAAAGAGGAGACACUGUCCCUUCAAGGUAAGAGAAGAAAACAUGUAAUUUAGUUUGUGCUGCAGCAUAAUUUUUCCUGGCUGCUACAGUGUGGCAGUGUACUGCUGCUGGCUGUGUGCUCUGUGAUUGACAGCUGUCAGCUGCACUCCUCACUGCAACUGACCUGAAACAUCCUCCAAACUGGUAUUGCAACAUGCACCACAUCAUUCAAGAAGAGUAACGUUAGGGGGAACGCAUGGAAGAUGUUAAAUUUCACAGUUCAGUUCAGUCAAAUCAGAGUAUUUGCACACCCCGUCUGAGGAGACGUGUCUGGUUGGGAGGCAGUGUAAUGUUAGCUGAUGUUUCUUUACCAGCUCACUUUGCUCUGCUACCCAAACAGAGACAUUUGACCAAACUUACCUGAGUCAGUGUCUGCUGAUGUUGGUUCAUCAGCAGAUGGCAGCAGAGGCUGUCUGAUUUUUCCGUCUGUUUUCAGUUCUGUAAUCGUGGCUGGCUGGUAGGCAGUGUCUUGUUAGCUGGUUGGUGCUCUGAGUACCAGCUUACCUGCUGCUGCCCUCCAACUGUCCAUUUCGAUCAACACAGGAGAGUUUUCACCGUUAAAUCUCACAUUUUAAAACAGCACAGUGAUUUUAACAGCUGCUCCUGUUCCUCAGUCUCAGAGCUGAAGAAGUUCAGUAGUUAUCAACCAUUUAUGUAAUUACCAACAUUUUGAGUAAACAUGAAUAAUUAAUUACAUUUUUAUGGCAGAAAUCAACUAAAAAAUAGACGUGAAACUGCUGAUCACAUCCUUAUUCAGAUUAAGUAUUGAAACACAAAAACAUGACACAUGAAAAAACUGACAAAAUUGCUUAUAGGAGCUUGAAAAAAACAUUUUCCCUUUUCUUGUGUUGCUUAAAUGUAUGCACAUUAACAUGCUGGUUAAUUCACUAAAUAAAUCAAAGAUUUAACAAAAGUAUGUAAAUCAAAAAAGUUGUUUUAUUGUUGUGUGGACAGUUUGUUGUGCUCAAAUUGGUCAAAAGAGGCCAAGAGAAAUACUCUUAUGUAAACAUCCAGAAGAGAUUUGGAGACGAACUGAAUAUAAAAUCAACACUCUAAUGCCAAAACAAUCCUUCAGCUGCAGCAGCGCUCUUUUUAUCAGGAAUGUUCAUCAUGAUUGUCACUGUCUACCACAGGAUGGUCCCCCCCCACCACACACACUCACAAACACAGACAGAAACACAGACUUACACAUGUUGACAAGCUGUGAGUGACUCUUGUUGACUUUGAGGCUAAAACUAGUGAAUGUUUUCCUCCUGUUUUGUAUCUGGAGUGAGAAAUCACUCCAACACACUCACAGUGACAGUUCAGAGUUUGGUCAGUCUUCUGCAGGAAACAUGAACGCAACACAGAUUUGUGUGCAUUUGUUGAUGUGAGCUCUCCAUCAUAGCUCCUGACGCUUCUUCAGGAUGAUUCCUCGCACCACUGUUGCCACCUCUUGUCUGAUGCUCUCAAUGGACUCAUCCGACCGCCAGAAGCGAACCACUUUCCCCUCCGGGUUCACCAGAAACUUCCAAAAGUUCCACUUUGGGAGUUUCUGCACAGAAUCUAAAACACAACACAUUCGGUUAUAUGAUUAUUAUGAUUAUUGUUCCUUUAAUUAGCAGUUGAAAUUCUCAGAAAAUAGUUUUUGGAGAUGAAGUCCAUCCAAAACAUUUCCCCUAUAUAAUUAUGAGUUCAGACAAUAAUUUAGCUUUUUUUUUUUAGAGCAUAAAUUAUUUCUAUAAGUUAGGUGUAAUCAACAGACACUUGAUCUAAAAAUGUAAAUUUGCAGCUAUUAGGGAAGGUGUGGUGUGAGGAAAAUAGGGGUGACCAGGGUUGGUUGUCAUACUUUUGACUCUUAAGAAAAUUUGUCAUAAUCAAAACAUACUUCUCCGGUCAUUUCUACAUUCGUCAAAAACAUACUUUGACGAGUAGCAGCCUACUUCUGAAAUGGGUAUCCUUUGUGUUGUAGUAAAUUAUUCAACAGAAAGUUAUUUACCGUCAAGGUUAAAUCAUUUAAUUGUUUUGUGUGAGUGUGUAUGAGUCAGAUAGGGAGUCUUUUGUAUAAGGCCAUGCCAUGCUGUCUUUGUGAACUGUAUUGGCCAAAAUAAAAUGACUCUGCUGGUUUACAAAGAUAACCUUUAAGGAUGCCUUCAUAUUACCGACUUCUUUUUUUGUUCUUUACAAGUAGCCAAACUUGAGCAUGUGUGUGUAAACAUUCCCACCUGAUGUCUUGAGAAAGAUUAAGUGUGACCUACCACUUGGAUUUGAUUAAAAGGAUAUUCUGGCGUAAAAUUAAUUUAGGGUCAAACACACUGAAACACAGAGUUAGAUACCCCCUCGAGAGAUGAAUGUGGCCGACCGUUUGCUUCUCCAACUUUGGUAAUGACCACACGAUAGCAAGACUCAGCAGUCUGAGGAGCCAGAAACAAACUUCAACCAAAAACGCCACUCUAUAGCCACAAAUAAUGUUCAGAACAGCACCUAACUUUAUCAACAGUACAUAUAGGGUCCCAGCCAUAGCACUAGCGCCCAAACAUCUUUUUAACUUUGACUCAUUUCUUUAGCAAAGAGACUAAACACAACUCACCUACUCUCUUCCAGCAGCCGCUUGGUUGUUUGUAGACCUUGGGCCAGUCCAUUACGGACUGCUGCUGGGGAAGGCAGCUCAAGGAAGAACAUUUAUCGUCAUUACUUUAUCAUUUCCUUUAAGUAAUAAUCACCAUAUUAAUCAAUUUGCACUGCAGAUGCUGUAGUUCUUCUGCCUUGGCGUCUUGGUCUGAUUGCAUUUCCAUGAAGUACUGAUCAUAAAUGUUCUUCCUUGAGCUGCGUCACGCCUUAAUAGUCCGUAACGAACUGUCCUGAGGUCUCACUACAAACAAGCGGCUGCUGGAAGAGAGUAGGUAAAUUGUGUUUAGUCUCUUUGCUAAAGAAAUGAGUCAAAGUUAAAAAGAUGUUUGGUGGCUAGUGCUAUGGCUGGGACCCUAUAUGUACUGUUGAUGAAGUUAGGUGCUGUUCUGAGCAUUAUUUGUGGCUAUAGAGUGGAUUUUUGGUUGAGGUUUGUUUAUGGCUCCUCAAACCACAGAGUAUUGCUAUCGUGCAGUGGUUACUAAAGUUGGUAUAACUAGAGAAGUAAGCAGUCGGCAACAUUCAUCUCUCAAUGGGGUGUCUAAGUUAGUGUUACGGUGUGUUUGACCCUAAAUUAGUUUUACGCUGGAAUCUUCCUUUAAGAAGCUGAGACUGGGCUUAAAUAAAAGCGGUCAUCUUCUACUUUUUUGGUUUUUGACUUCAGAAUGCCCAAUCAUCUUCAAUUUUUUAGAAGUAGCUAUGGUGUCUGACCAAACUUUAAGACACACCACCUUAAGGUUUGGCGGUAUUGAGCAAUUUGACAACCAAUCCCGGUCUCCCCUACAGCCUAAAGUGCCACUCAACUCCAUCAGGGUUCAUACUCCCACAACUCGACCCAUAGAGACGCAUUAAUGUGUCAUCCCUAACUGUGUGAUGGUGUUUGUGUAAAACAAAGCAGACGUGUGUAGUUGGAGGGUUUCUCUAUCCACCUGUGAGGAACCUGAAGGCAGGAUCCGCCUCUGAGCCCAUUAUUUUGAUCUUGCUGAAGAAAGGGAAGGUGACUCCGUAUGCAGACUUGGCGAAGGCCUCGAUGUCUCGGCUGGCCCCGGUCUCUGUGUCCCCGAACUGACCGCAGGGGAAGGCCAGGACGUUGAAGUGAGAGGUACCCAGCUCCCGGUGCAGCUCCUGGAGAGACCUGUAGUUCGCCUCUGUGUGCUCGCAGUUACUCGCCACGUUUACAACUAAAGACGCCUGGAAAAGUAGGAAAAGCAGGGUUAGGAGAGAGACAAGAAAAGCUGGAAUAGAUAAGUCUACUGCAUGAAAGCCUGUCCUUAGAUGACAGUAGGUAGAGUCUGCACAGUUUGCACAGAUUUCCUUCUAAACUUGUCCGAUGGGUGAUGAUGUGGACCUACUUUUCCUCGGUACCUCUCCAGAGAAACAGUCCUUCCUUUGGCGUCUUUGACCUCGAAAGAAUAAAAAUCCUGCGGUUUUCUGGGCUUCACCAGUUGCGUCUGCAGGAGGAAUAAACAGCCCACACCGACUGUCAUACUGAGCAGGACCGUCAACUUUUUCGUAUUUGGAUUAGAGGAUCUCGUAGGGUAGCCCCCUAAGGCCUCCAUCUUGGAGGGGGAAGAUUGAACCAGCAGAGGAGGAGGAGGAAGAGUGGGGGAUCCAGCCAAGAAGUUUUGGGGCGGAUCAGUGAAAAGGGAUAAGUUAAGAUCACUAAAAACUCCACAGUCUUACCGGAAACGAGGAGCCACUUAAUACAAAAUAAGAGCGAUUUAAAAGCUUAAUACGCAAACCUUCUGUCCGUUAUGAAGUCUAAGUUACACAAACUGUUUAUUUAAGACCGUCCUGUUGUCAUUGUGGUUCCAUUCAAAAUGGCUUCAUUUGCUUUAGCUUUCAAAAAUGUCAAUUUGUUGAGGCAUGUGCCUACUUCAGUGCAGUCCAAGAACUUUAGAGUGAACCCAACUUCAGUAACAUGUUACAGUUUUAUAUCAAAAGGGUUACAAGCAAAAAGCAAGUUAAGUGUUUUGCUAGUCUACUUCUAUGGUCUCCAUUAAAGGGAUAUUCCGGCGUAAAAUUAAUCUAGGCUCAAACACACCGUGACACCGAGUUAGACACCCCCUCAAGCGAUGAAUGUUGCUGAAAGCUUGCUUCUCUAGUUUUAACAACUUAAGUAACGACCACAGGAUAGCAAUACACAGUAGUCUGAGGAGCCAUAAACAAACCUCAACCAAAGCGCCACUCUAUAGCCACAAAUAAUGCUCAGAACAUAGGGUCUCAGCUGCAGCACUAGCCACCAAACAUCUUUUUAGCUUUCCCUUAUAUCUUUAGCAAAGAGACUAAACACAACUCACCCACUCUCUUCUGGCAGCCACUUGUUUGUAGCGAGACCUCAGGCCAUCCCAUUAUAGACUACAGCGGGGUGACGCAGCCCAAGGAGGAACAUUUAUGAUCAUUUCUUCAUGGAAAUGCAAUCAGACCGAGACACUAAGGCAAUAGAACUGCCGUGUCUACAGUGCAAAAUGAUUAUUAUGGUGAUUAUUACUUCAUGGAAAUGACAAAGUAAUGACCAUAAAUGUUCUUCCUUGAGCUGCAUCACCCUACAAACAAGUGGCUGCUGGAAGAGAGUAGGUGAGUUGUUUCAAGUCUCUUUGCUAAAGAAAUUAGGCAAAGUUAAAAAGAUGUUUGGUGGCUAGUACUAUGGCUGGGACCCUAUAUGUACUGUUGAUGAACUUAGUUGCUGUUCUGAGCAUUAUUUGUGGCUAUAGAGUGGCUUUUUGGUUGAGGUUUGUUUAUGGCUCCUCAGACCUCUGUGUAUCACUAUCGUGCGGUCGUUACUAAAGUUGGUAUAACUACAGAAGCAAGUGGUGGGCAACAUUCAUCUCUCUAGGGGGCAUCUAACUCGGUGUUACAGUGUGUUUGACUCUUACUUAAUUUUAUGCCCCAGUAUCCCUUGAAGAUUGAACUACUUGAACGGUUUGUCUGUCUUAUUUUGAAAGUUCAAACCGGAAGUUUUUCUUCUUAUUUCUCAAAACUGACGCUAUGAAUCAAAGCCUCAGUAGUCUUACGCGAUUUUGAGUUUUGGGGCCAAAAAUUUGAAAACUUUGAUAAAACUUUGUGUUUGUAUUUCUGCGUUCUCAGGGACAAGACGACGUCCAUCAUACUUCAUACAAGCGGUUCAGGAGGAGGAUCUUCCAGAGGAGCGGCUGUGAGAGUCCCGCUGCAAGUACACCACUGACCACACGGGGGCAGUGUGAGCCCAGCUUUGAGUUUGAUACAGUCUGUCAGAGACUGGAGCUGGACUCACCUCAGAGACACGAAGAACCAGGACACACAGUUAUACACGGAAACUCGCAAGGUAUUUGUUCUGAACAUCAGACUUCACCAACGAAGAAUGAGGAAGAGGUCGUGUGUCCUUAAGUGUGAUCUCACUCACAUGUACGAAACAUCUGAAAACCUUACUGUACCAAAACUUACUGGUCAAGGCAUUACUCACAAUCAACCUGUUAUAUGCACUCAUGUAAACUGUGGGCUUAAGUAGGCUGCAGUUCUCUUAGAAUAAGACAUGAUAAAUACAUUAUUAUUAUGAUUAUCAUUAUUAUUAUUAUUAUUAUUAUUAUUAUUAUUAUUAUUAUUAUUAUUAUUAUUAUAGAAAUAAGAACUGACUUAAUUUUUCUGAGAUGAAUCUAAGUUGUUCACAUGGUGUUCUUUAAUGGCAUCUGCAUUUACCUUGUUUUCAAUGUAGUCUUAUUAAGUCAAUCUGUCAGAGCAGCAAGUAUGACAAUAAUCAAUGCAUCUUGUACCAAUCAGAGAGGCUGACAGGGAGUGCAACCUGUUUUACAGCUGUUUCACCUGAGAUCAUGACAGCGUGCACUCUCACUGCACCACAAGGAUGUCCUUCUGCAGGAAACGCCUCACAACAGGUGUGUUUUAGAAACUGCUAUACUCCCCAUGGAUCAGAGAUUUUUAAGUGUGAAAUCUGCCUGCAAAAACAACAAAAUGAAGGAUUUUACAAAGAGAGAAAAAGCAUUGAACAGGCUAACUUUAUAUUGAAUGAUAAUGAUAUAUUCUACCUGAGGUAUUGUGGAAGCUGCCUCCAUAUCCUUUUUUUUUCUUUGCAGGGAUGGGUGUGGAGAGCUGCCACUCAAGAAAAUGAAAACUCUCUACAGGCUGGUAAAGCAUGAAAGUGUUUUUUUCCUCUCGUUGCAGUUACGUACUACAGCCACAAACACAUGAAAACACACUUGGGAAAUAACGGAUUGUGCAAUGAUACUUAAAGGACGACUGCAUUAUGUCAUUCCAGGAAACAGGACAAAAUGCCCUGACUAGUCUGCAGAAAUGUAAUAGAGAAACUUCAUACAAAUCAAUCUUUUAAAGUGUCAGUCACACACCUUUGUUGUGUUUCUAUUUUUACAUUCACAUUACAGCAGUGUAGAUGUUUCCCCUUUGAUAUGAGACUUUGCAUCUGGGUUUUAAAGUGCCGUCAUGACGUCUCUUUUCUUUGCAGACUCAGAUGGGAGAAGACAUGAUGUGCAGCCAUUUGCUACCCUGGGAAAAUCUUUUCGGGGUCCACAAGACGGGCCAGUAAUGAAGAUGGCGGCACCGUCACUGGUGAACGACUACUGUAAGAAGGGAUUCAAAUCUGCAUUAUUCUUGUAAAACAGGAUUUAUUCAGAGCCAGUGACUCCGGGGCGUGGCUGGACUGAGGAACACAUCUGCACCUUGUUUUGUAAAGAAGACAUGUAAACAUGAUGAAAGCUUCAUGUUGUGAAAUAAAGCUUGAGGAAACCUGAUGAGCAAACCUAAAUAUGCAUUUGUUUCUGGUCAAAAGUAUCUGAAGGUGUGUGGGGGUCGUUUAUGAGCCUCAUACUUUCCACCUGUAAGUUUUGUAAAAUAAGUCAGAAGUUCCUGUUGUCUGUUUUCGGACCUUUCUAAACUAAUAAUACUCUCUGGAAACAGCUCAUUCUGCUAUUUUGAUCAAUAAUAAUAUGAACACAGCAAAGACUCAUGCCGUUUGACUCCUCUCUUCUUCUCAGGUGUUGUAAAUCCUCUAUAGUCCCCCUCUCUUCCAUCUCUCCUCUUCAGACACUAAUCUGCUCGACUGCAGUUGUAACGGUAUGAUUGCAUUAGCACUGGGCUCUUCUGUUUACCUUUGGAAUUCAGAAUCUCAGGCUUUGGUGGGAUGUUUGGAGAACCAUCCAAAACCAGGACCUCCGUACCAUCAAACCGAUUCUGUCUCAUGCCUUUGCUGGAGCAGAGACGGCAGAGCUCUCAGUAUCGGGACAAGACGAGGGGAGAUUCAGGUAAACGGCUGGAAACUGAUUCAUUCAACCGCAGUAUGGGGGUCAUCUGAGUGGAAGUGUAACACCUCAAGCUGAAUAUGACGGUUUGUGGUGUGUCUGUGUUUCUCUUUCUGACUCCUCAGUUGUGGGAUGUUGAGCAGAACCAGAGGGUGAGCUGUCUGUCGUCACACCUGUCUGUGGUUGGAGCUCUUUCCUGGAACCAGAAGUUACUCAGCAGGUAUGUGAUGUCAGUGUUUUCCAGAUAGACUGAAACUCCUGCACAUUGUUGCUAUCACUCACAGGCUUUUAUCUAACCUCAGAAAACAUCCCAAACUCAUUGACAUGGAUUAAAUUUAUGGAUCAUGUGUGAUUUUCUUUGUAUGCAACGUUUCAGUGUUUCUACAGUGCACUAUAUUUUUGUCAGUUCGUAAAGGGUUACUCUCAAUCUAACUUCGACCUUAUCUCUUAAACUUUAUCCAAGGAGGAAUGACACAAAACAAGCUACUUAUCUUUAGUGGUAGGAGAAUAAAGCAUGACGUGUGUUCGUUUUCUGUCCUAAGUCAUACUAACAGAGAAUUUGGAUUCAGAACAACUGACUGGCCUAAAGCUUAGAAAACACUCAAAAAAGCCAAAACUGGCCCAAACUUAAAGGGAUAUUCCGGUGUAUGAUUAAUUUAGGGUGAAACACACCGUAACACCGAGUUAGACACCCCCCUCAAGAGAUGAAUGUUGCUGACUGCUUGCUUCUCUAGUUAUACCAACUUAAGUAAUGACCGCACAAUAGCAAUACACAGUGGUCUGAGGAGCCAAACACAAAUCUCAACCAAAAAGUCACUAUAUAUACACCACGCCGCUACAAACAAACGGCUGCUGGAAGAGAGUAGGUGAGUUGUGUUUAGUCUCUUUGCCAAAGAAAUUAGGCAAAGUCAAAAUAUUUUUGGUGGCUAGUGCUGUGGCUGGGAACCUAUAUGUACUUUUGAUAAAGUUAGGUGCUGUUCUGAGCAUUAUUUGUGGCUAUAGAGUGGCUUUUUGGUUGAGGUUUGCAUGUGGAGCAAUAGACCACUGUGUAAUGCAUUCAUUUGGUUGUUACUAAAGUUGGUAUAACUAGAGAAGCAAGCAGUUGGCAACAUUCAUCUCUGGAAGGGAUGUCUGACUCAGUGUUAUGGUGUGUUUGACCCUAGAUUAAUUUUACGCCGGAAUAUCCCUUUAAAGUUCCCCACAUGAGCUUUAACAUGACACAGUCAAUGUAGAACUUUAUCUUCAUUUUCUGGGUUAAAAUACUGCCAAACUGUGCAACAUGACACCAUCUGUCAUCUGUGCUUGUUUACAUUUGGAUAGUAGAGCAUCAUAGUUAUAUGGUAUUAUUUAUUAAAGCAACAACUGUCCAAGACAAAAUCUGUGGUAUGUCACACCCUCAGUCCUAGAAUACAGGAGCAGGUGAAGGAAUUCUUGGAUUCAUAAUGGUUGAGUUCUUUAGAGGAAAACGUAACAGGAAGUGAUCAACAUAAGGACUGGUGACAGUUUGCUCUUCCUUGCAGUGGCUCUGUACUCGGAUGCAUCCAUCACUUUGACCCUCGGGCUUCCACAACUCUGGUGGGUGCAGCUGUUCAGCAAGAUGGGAUCUGCAGCCUGCAGUGGUCACCUGAGGAUGACAUGCUUGCCAGUGGCUCAACAGAAGGUCUGCUGUGCAUAUGGGACAGAGACAUCGCAGGGUUCACAAGAGCACGCCAGCCAAUCACCAGGAUGAAACAGCCCAGCGCUGUAAAGGUCAGGAGAUACUUCAUGGAAAGUUUUUUGGGGGUUAAAAUGAUGAUACAGCACAUUUUGCUAACAAUGUUUCUUAAUAAGAGUCCUUGUAUUUGCACAUAAAAAGGAAUUUUUCAAUCAGGUGGUCAAAGUGUGUUGAAAUAAUCCUGUUUGAGUUUUCAAUCAGUUACUAAUGAACUUGUACUUCAAACUAACCUUGCGCCUUGCUGUAAGAUUUGCAGAUGAGUAAUCCUUUUUUCAUGCAGACUCAGGUUACAUGUCUCUGGUGUGUAUUUAUCUGUUAUUAUAGAGGUUAGAAUAAUGAGUUUGUCCUUCAGCUUUUCACUGGGCAGUCUACUUAAACUGUCAGACAACCAGCUGCCUAUUGUGAGUGUGCAUUCAUUGUGUUUGUGUGUCCAGGCAAUGGGCUGGUGUCCAUGGCAGAGUAAAACGAUCGCCACAGGUGGAGGGUGGAAAGACGGAGAGCUGAGGAUCUGGGACGCGGAUUCAGCAACUUGUGUGUCCUCUGAAAACACAAACUCACAGGUGCUUCACACUUCAACAGUAACAGAGAUACAUAUUUUUACUUCACAAAUAUGUCUGAAAGUUGUUUCCUAAUGACUCUAAUUGCAGAUCUGUUCUCUACAUUGGGCUGAAAAGAGGAGAUAUCUGGUCACAGGUCACGGCCUUCCACGUCACCAGGUCACCUGCUGGAGCUGGGACUUUCCCCACCUCAGCCCAACCCUCCAGCUCACAGGUGAGAGAUCCAGAAUUAGUAUUAAUGUUGAACAACACAGGCCUCGAUGAUUUCUGUUUAACACUACCGUCUAUGUUGGAAUUAAUUUAUUGUGUUACGAUACAUGCUGAGUAAAAAAGUCACAGAAUGAGUGUGACAGUUGAAUCACAACUGUGGGCUCUGUCCUCGGUCAUGACAUAAAUAUGUAAUGUGGAGUUUGUGCUGACUCAUCUGUGUCAUUUUUAGAGUAAAUGUGAAACUUUGAAUUUGACAAAGAAGUCACACUUUGAAAAGUCAGUGUCUCCUGAGGUAUUAGGAACUAUUUUGCUGUGAACUUUAGUUGAGGUUGAGGAUGAAUAGACAUCAAAUUUGGCAGCAUGUUGCUCAAACCAACAAGAUUUAUCAAGUGUGAAACCAACAAGAUUAAAGUAAAAGCCAAAGAAUGGUCAGGUGGGGGUUCAUUCUUUAUACAUAUUAUUCAGGGAAACUUGUUUUCUUUUAUGAGACAAAGUGUAUUUCAAUUUCUCUUUCUCAUUUUCUCACUUAGGUCAUUCACAGAGAGUUCUUCACGUGGCUGUAAACCCUGACAACACUCAGAUUUUUACUGCUGGAGCUGAUCAGCAUUUGCAAAUCUGGGAUAUUUAAUGAUCAUCGCAUCGUCUCCAUUGUGUCAUGCAUUUGUCAAAACUGUGUCUGCACACAGAAGAAGCUCACUUUCUUGGAAAAGUCAUUGUGAAAGAAAAAAGUAGUAUUUCCUGUCCCCUUUUCCUAUCCAACCACAGUGAGAGGGCAGCUCACCACACUGACUCCUCUCGGUCGUUGUUUGUCCCCUUCUUCAGUUAGAUAAAUAUCUGUUCCUCACACUAGCAAUAGUUAGAACUGAAAAAGCUUCUUGGAUAAGAGCCGAAAAGUCUUCUCAACUCUACACAGUCCAGUUGCCUGUUUUUUUGAGUCUUUAAGAAAACCAUGACCCGGAUGAACGAGAAUCUACAUGAACACACUGACUAUGACACUAAGAUGACACGUCAAGAUUUGGCACCUUUUCUCUAUUGUAUGCAAAUUUCAUUUGCUUUGUCUCAUACUAACUUCCAACUAGAACAAUUUACUUUCCAAUUUAGGGUGACAGCAAAAAAAACAAGAAAAAAAAAAACAGUUUUAUGUGAUUUAAUGCUCGGUUUAAAGUGAUAGGAACCUGUGUGCAAACUAGGCCACGUUUUUUUUUUUUUUUUUUUUUUUUGCAGAGGGAGCAAAGUCUACUAAGUAUCUCAGCUCAUUUUGAGAGACUCCGACCCAAGCACUCAUCUUGGGUUAAGUGAAGGUUUAGGACUUUGCCAUCAGACGGCUCAUACUUUUUGCACUUUUUGCAGAAGCAACACAUUUACUUUGCUUGGUAAGCUGUUUGGGCCUGCGUCAAAGAGACAAAAGUACAACCAAAUUGUACAAGGACUGAUCCUGAAAGCAUGUUUAUAGACACAACUGAGGGCCCACUGUAAAAAUAUCUAACUAUCUCUUUAAUAGCUGCAGCAGAGCUUUGACAGCAUGUGGAAACCAGAGGAGAGAGCCAAGCCACAGUGUUAAGGCUCAGGAAAACACUUAAAAUCAUUUUUUUUUUCAUUUUGUUAAAGCUUUAAUUUGGCAAAAAGCUGGAAACUUGUAAAUAAUUUAUCGAUUUUGUCAUUGUUUGGUAUAAUUUAAUGUCUUGCUCGCAUCUAAAAAAGGUUUCCUAUUGAUAUGUUAUCAAAAGUUUUCUUGUGUUUUAUAUCUUACACCAUUAAAAAAACUUCUUGCCCUUUGA